AGUCUGUCCGCGCGCUCGCGUGCCAACCUCCUGCGCUGCUUCCUACCGGAGCGCCUCGACUCCGCGUCUCUUCCUCCCUCCUCCCCUACACUCGGCCCAGUCGUGCCAGUCGUCGUAACUUGGACAUCCGUCGACAGGCAGAAGGUACGCGCAGGGCCGCUCCGCCAAAGGCCACGAGAGAGGUGCAAUUUUUAACGCGCACAUACGCACGCAGGCACGCAGUCGGACAGUCGGACAGUCGGACAGGCAAACAGACGAACAGUCUCAAGCGCCCAUACGCAUCGUCGAAACGCAGCAAGCAGGCAUAAAGAGAGAUAGACGGACGGGCAGACUGGGUGAUAGACGUCGGAAAUGGCCCGAGACUACGAUCAUUUGUUCAAGCUCCUCAUCAUCGGCGACAGUGGUGUUGGAAAGAGUUCUCUGCUGCUACGAUUUGCAGAUAAUACGUUCAAUGGCAAUUAUAUAACUACGAUAGGAGUGGAUUUUAAAAUUCGCACGGUGGAUGUAGACGGAGAAAGAGUGAAAUUGCAGAUCUGGGACACCGCCGGACAGGAGCGAUUUCGGACAAUAACUUCCACUUAUUACAGAGGAACGCACGGUGUUAUAGUUGUUUAUGAUGUAACGAGUGGAGAUUCCUUUGCAAAUGUCAAGAGAUGGCUACACGAAAUUGAACACAAUUGUGACGUUGUAGUCAAUAGGAUUUUAGUAGGGAAUAAAAAUGAUUCGCCAAAUCAAAAAGUGGUGUUAACGGAAGAUGCCCAACGAUUUGCCAAUCAGAUGGGAAUUAAAUUAUUUGAAACUUCCGCUAAAGACAAUACCAAUGUUGAGGAAAUGUUCACUGCAAUAACGAGAGAAGUUUUACGUACGAAAAAGGAGAGUAAAGAGAGACAAGCGAUAAAGACCAAUGAAACAGUAAAUCUAAGGAAAAGCACGAAACAGCAUAGGAAAAAAUGUUGCUAGCAAUUUCAUUGCAUGCUAGAUAGAUUCUAAAAAUAAUCUUGUUUUUGUAUAACAGUCAAGCAGAAUAAGACAGAGAGCGCGUGUUAUUAAUGGAGUGGACAUGAAAUGCCAUAGAUUCCUCGACGUUACCAAGGCAACAUCGUGAAUUACCAAUGAUGCAUUUCUUACUCACGUUACUAGUUUUUAUGUACCUUUAUGCCUAAAGGUAAAUGUGUGACGAUGGCACAGAUUUUUGGAGAAUAAUAAGAUGUUGUACCAAAGUCCAUUAAUGAGAUAUCAGCUUUCGAUAGGAUAUUACCAUUCGUAAGGAAAUUGGUUGUUAAGUGUUUACAAAUAUUCAAAUGAACGAGGUGGGUGG